AUGAACAGAUUCCGUACCAAGAAGAAGGCGAAGGAAGAUGCUGCCUCUGUGCCGAGGGCUUCUCACGAGUCGGAUUCUCCCACACCUUUCCGCUUGUUCGGCAAGGGGAAGAAAUCCCAGGAAGAGGAGCCGAAAAAGGAGCUGGACCUGGAAAACGCGUUACCGCCGAGCGACGAUUUCCGUACGAGUUUGCUAAUGACGGGCCUCUCGGCACGAUUCUCUAUGCUUAGAGAACAAGACGACCCGAACACCAAGAUUGGCAAGGCCAGCGACGACAGCGUCUUGUUCCCCAACCGGCAGUCGAGGCUGAUGGACUUCGGCUUGGGUGCAAGUACCAGUGGACUUUCAGAUAUCGCCGAGGUCGAGUCCAUCAGGAAAGAGGCAGCACCCUUUGCCCGGAUGGACUCGUACCACUCCGCAGACGCCAGCUCAAUCUCGGGAAGCGUCAUGGACCGAGCCAAGCCUGGCGAAGGCAACAACUUGUUCGGCGGACGACAAAAGGUUUAUAAGCUUCCCUCCGGAACUACAUCCUCGAAGAAUCUCGAGGGCGGCGGUAUGAGUGGGCGUGUCCUCUACGACGACGACAUUUCCAAGUCGGCUUUUCAAAGAUGGAGACAAGCUGAGAAAUCCAAAAUGUCCUUUGAUGAUGAACAAGACCAGACACAGUCGAGUAUCGACCUAACGCGCGCCGAGUCUCCCCCGCCUACGGGCUACAACAGCAAGCGGGAGACCAACUCGACAACGUCGUCUACACCGUCGGUCGGUCGUAACUCUACUGCGGCGACCUCAGUCAUGUCUCAACCCACAUCUGCGGCAAAGGACUGGCAAUCAAACUCGACCGCGCCCAGCUCCACUGCAGGUACCCCUCAUCUGGAAAGGACCUACACUCGCACACGGCGCCUCUACGAGACUGGACUGAACCACGAGCUUCAAGAACAGCAAUCAUCAGCCUUGUCGCGCAUGGACACGCUGUCUCGGCAGAGGAAUUUCGGUAGCAGGACGCCCGACCUACAGAAUGGGCCGUCGCCAACAAGCAGUCUCUUCAACGACCGAUUCGGGGAGAGGAGAGUCCUUACCAAGGGCAGUGCUCCCAACUUGCGGUCCGUAAGCCCGCCAACCUCUGGGAGUCCGAUCCCUCCCAUGGAUUUGGGCAUCAUGAACCCGGAACCCAAGCCGUCGUUUGGCGGCGCGCCGCCUUUGAGCCCUCCCAUCAGCGAAGGCGAGGAGAACUCCAUCCUGCCCGGUGACCGGGGCAAGGCUACCGCCAUGGGAUUGUUUCAAAAGCCUCUCCAUUCGUACGACGAAUCGCGGUACGCCCAAAGACAGCUCCAGCUUCAGCAAGGCCGUGAGACACCGACCAAUAGGUUCCGUGCCGAGUCUAAUGCCUCUCACACCACCGGUCGGUCGCGCUCGUCUUCCUCGGCUCAAAGACUGCCGGUCGAGAAGCCCGAGCCCAUCCUUCAGACUGAGCCGACUGUGAAGGAGGAAGAGGCCGGACUGAGCUUCUACGACGACUCGAUCUCUCCGCAAGACGACAACGCAAGGUCCGCUGCGGCCUUCCACGGCGCGUCGAGGCGGCCCGCCGAUCGCGAUCAUCCCGCACUGAGAGAAACCUCCGUACCGACUCCCUUGUCUCUCAGCUCCAGACCCUCCGCUGAACCAUCGCCCGUAUCUGACCCGACUCUUCCUCUCGCCUCUGUCGUGUCCAUUGAGUCUCAGGCUUCGUCUCAAGACUCCCCAACCCUUCCCUCGUCAACUGGACUCAGUGGUAUGGUUCGCCAGCACCUCCGCACCGACAGCGCGACAUCCUCCCUCUACGGAUCAGCACCGCAGACGUCCCACUUCGCUUCCAGAUUCCCACUUGACCCAUAUGACCCCAAAUCCAUGGCAGACAUGGGAGUCAUGGCCAAUCCUUGGGAAGUUCAAUCUCCGGAUUGGAGGAACUCGACCUUCAACGGAAACGAUGAGGCCGAGAACGAGCAGAAGGAACAGCCCGUUCCUCAGCCUCGUCAAAGCCUGCCAUCCGACAACCAGAAUGCAUCGGAGCGCAACACGGGCUCAAGCACUGAGAUGGAAAAGGAACACGACGAGUUCGCCAGCCAACUUGCGGACGGCGCGCGUCGGGUCCGCGAGAGACUCACGUCGUACGUCGAGUCUGACCGUGACAGUCGAUCUCUGUCACCCAAUCCCGUGGAGCGUGUUAGAGAGCCGUCCCUGCCUCGCCCAAACCCGUUGGGUAUUCUGAGGCAGAAGACGAGCCGCGGUUCCUUGAUUGACCGCAACCGGGAAAACCGUCAGGACAGCCAGCACUCCAAGGCUAUUAAGAUGCUUGGCCUUGCUUCUUCGACUAUCAGCAGCGCCCCUAGCCCGAACAAAUUCAGCUUUGAGGAAAAGGAGACCCAGCCCCUUGUCCACGAGGAGCGCGAGAAGCCUCUCUUUCCCAGGUCCGAAACGACCCCAGUACUCCCUUCGCAGGAGACGAACAAGGACAAGGAGGACGAGUCAAUGCAUGCUGGACUCAGGGCCUUCAGGCAGGCCAGAAAGCAGUUGUUGGAGGCUCAAAAGAGUGCCUCGAAUGUCCCGACGGUACCUGGUCAGUUGCCCAGUUCCAUGACGAGCCCGAUCGUUGGCCCGCCGGCCUCGCGGACCGCCCCUAGCCGUGAGCACACUCCCAGCCAGCGAUCCGCCUCCCGUGACCGACGACCGCCUCCUAUCACAUACCAACAGCGGGCCCCCAGUGAAGAGCCUCAGCCCAGCAACGGCGUGGGACGAGCGGCGUCUCGGCCUCCUUCCCGGACGGAGCGCGAACGCAGUGGUUCGGAAGCCAGUAACGGAGACAAGUCUCAUCGUCCCGCCCGGCUCCGCACCGGCACCGCUUCAUCUCCAUAUGAGGACCGCGGAAUGGGCCUCAGCCCUAAUGGGCCCUCUUCAGGUCGGCCCACGUUGUUGCAAUCCCCUGGCCUCCCCGGCACUAACAUCCGUCGGUCUCCCAUCAUGCCUCCUCAGCCGUACCCCACGGGUCCCGCGAAGCCCCUCGACCGGUCCGCUUCCUCGGGCAACCUUGCUAUUCAGUACCGUCGCAGAGGACCCGAUUCGGGGCAACCUUCUCCGGUCUCUCCCAUGGCGCCCAUCCCUUCGCCCUCGAUCCCUGUCAGUCAGUCUACACCUUCUUUCGUUCCCUCUCGUCGACCUUCAGCACCUCCCAUCCCGUCGCCCAACUCCGAGGCCCCUGUCGCCAACCGCCUUGAUGAGUCCAUGAAGAGGGUGGUCAGGAAAAGGGACAUUUCCGAGCCAACCUUUGUUUCGUCCACCUCGCGGGUUCCUACCGUGGCCCUUCCGGAGACAUCGGAGUCGCGCUCCAGAAGCGGUUCGCGUUCCAGGUCCGGCAGCGUUCUCGGCGCCGCUGCUUCGACACCCAACCUCCACGCCAACAUGCUUGCUCACGCCAACGCCCCCCCUGUUCCUCCCAUCAACCCUAAGCGCCGCAACAUGAUUGGCUCUAUGAUGGGUCGCAGAGGCGAAGAGGACAUGAGCGCCAGCUCUCCCCUUUCGCCACCGCUUCCGAUUCCCAAUGAAAAAGGCGCUGACAGCAACAGCGCCUUCUCCAUCAGCGAUGACGAAGAUGGCCCGGGAUCCCAGCGACGCCGGCUUCGGAAGACAAUCAGCGAAGCCAACGGCAUGAACAUGCGGGCCCGCCUCACCCGUGGCAACAGCCCUCCCAACAUGCCUGCGCCCACAGCCAUGACUGGCGGCCUCAACAAUGGAUCCAUGCCCGGCGGCAUGAUCUAA